AUGAAGGAAUCAUUUGAAAUCAUGACAGAUCAAGAGCACUACAGCCUUCGUUGGAACAACCACCAAAAUCAUAUCCUUCGUGCAUUCGAUACGUUAUUGCAAACGAAAACGUUAGUCGAUGUAACAUUGGUAUGUGCCGAGACCAGCAUUCGAGCACACAAAGUGGUCUUGUCCGCUUGCUCGCCGUUCUUUCAACGCGUCUUUUCCGAAACCCCAUGCAAACACCCAGUGAUCGUGCUGAAGGACUUCCGAGGAUGGGUUGUACAAGCGAUAGUUGAUUUUAUGUACCGUGGCGAAAUCAGUGUUCCGCAGGAGCGGCUCUCUGUGUUAAUACAGGCGGGAGAAUCGUUACAGGUACGUGGGCUCAUUGAUCAUCCGGUAGCAGCCAACACACCGACACCGGCACAGUCACCGGAAGAUUUCAGCUUAUUGGAUAGUUCGCUAAUAUCACAAGCAUCUCCCUCACUACCGUCGCCAAACCUACAAGCUAAUCACCAAUCGAGACACCUUAGAAAUCAUCCGCCUACAGGUAAUCAUCUUUCCUCAAGCACACCGAAGCUAUUGCUGCCACCGCAGGUAUUUACUGACCCGUCAGUCAACCUACCUGGCCCUAACGACCCCUGUACCUCACCGAUGCCUCGUCGCAAACAGGCUCGCCCACGUAGGCGAUCGGGGGACUGUGCGCCACAGGAUCUGAGCAGCAAACCUUCAACACCUGUCCAGCAAGUAUUGGACGAUGAGGAAAUAGAACACCAAAUGGCUGAUGGUAGCGCUGACAAUGAUGAUGAUUUGGAAGAGCUGGACGAUGAAGACCAAGACGAUUUGAAACGCAUUUUGCAGCGAAGCCAAUCGGUCGAAGAAAAACUAGUAGCUAUGGAGGUCAGGGAUGAUUUAUCAUCUCAACCACCUACAAAUGUAGCAAAAAUUUGCGACGAAAGGCGAUCACGAUCAUUGCACAAAUUGAGUCCACGUAAAACAUCCGCCCUAAAAGGAAACUCCGGUCUUUUGAAAGUAAGUGGAUUGGACCCUGUAACAUCGUCUUCAUCAUCUGGCUCUUCGAUUUCCGAUGGGCCAGAGAAUCUAUGCAUGAAGAAAACCUCUUCCAGUAGCAAGGAGUUAACUAGCAAUUAUUCGAGCGUGAUUAGUGAUCCGAGCGAACAGCGUGGCAUACUAACAUCGAUUGAUAUUUCUAAUAACAACACUGCCACUGCCGAAGGCAACGAUCGAAGCGAGAGUUGCGACGGUGCUGACCGCCUGACUGAUGCGAAUAAGGAUAUUUCUUCACUUUCUGACAGUCAUGUCGGUAGCCGAGGUAUUCUUUCGUUGAAGGAUAUUCGACACCUUAACCGUACGGCGUUGAAUCGCUCUUUCGGAUCAAUCUCUCCUCCCCCUUCCUUUGCUUCGCUGAACAACAACCUGCAUCCGGCGUUAGGCCUUAUGCACCAUCAUCAUGGGGAAUCUAAACGAGUAAAGCUAGAAGAUCGUGACGAAGAACGAUCACUUAUCCACGAUGAGCUAAUGGAUCCUCCACACUUUCUGGAUCAUAUGGAUCUCGCUCUAAGCACACAUCAGCAUCCAUUGACACAUCAUUUGGCCCACCAACAGCAUCUGCACAGCUUGUCCCCGAAUCUGCGCUCAUCUGCGGAUGAUGGUGGCAUUGACAAUAACACAUGCAACAGUAGUAAUAGCAACAAACAGAAUAACAACGGUACCUCCAACAAUAACAAUAUCGGCAGCUCCGGUUCAAACAAUCAUUGCAAUAUACUGAGUCAGCCUCAUAGCAAUCCGAGUACCAAGCAUCACAACGUCUCUGUCGGAAGACCGGAUACUCCCAGGCAUUCGUCCCUCGGCAACAGUGGAGGGGGGCAUUCUAAUAGUGGCAACAACAAUAAUAACAACAAUGGAAAUAACAUUAUCAAUAGCAAUAGCAGCCUUCAUCAUGGACACCAUCCACAUCAUCAUCUUCAUAAUGGACCCAAAGCCGGACCGAAGGAUUUUUUGCAAAGUCCUACUCUAAAUUUUCCACCAUUUUUCAAUCACUCGGAAGGACCACCAAGGCCAUCGCAUUCACCUCUUCCGUUUCCGCACAUACCGUCAGUCUCUUCACUCACGCUCACCCCUCCCCACAUGUUUGGACUUGAUUCUCCGCUAGGACUCUUUCCACCAGGAAUGGAUCCGGGUAAAAUUUACAGCCCCCUAAUGGAAAUGUCUGAUCCACGUAGUAUGCAUCAUGAGGGUCCUCCUUUCUUGAAGAAAAAAUGUAAGUUGAAUCGACCAAAGGGGCAACAUUCAGCUCCACGAGGUGGACCCCCUCGAUCUUGGACUAACGCAGAGCUUACCGAAGCACUUCAGCACGUGUGGAACAAAAAAAUGACCACAAGUCAGGCUUCACGAAUCUUUGGAAUCCCAUACAAUUCUCUGUUAAUGUAUGUACGGGGCAAGUAUGGUAAAAGUUUGAAGCUAGAACAACUACGCAAAGACUGCAUCAGUGGACCGCCGAUCGAGUUGCUUCAAAUGGGUGUGGGCAAUAAUAAUACAAAAGACAAAAAAGAAGGUAAAGAUUCAGAUCUGCAUCAUAGCCACCAUUCGGGAAGUGGCGCUGGACGGGAAGGAAGCAGUGGUCCAAACAAUAGCAAUGGAGGCAGCGGUAAUGGGAAUGGUGGCAGUGUUAAUGAACUACGAGAUCCUCGAUCAGCGUCAUCGGAACCUGAGCUCCUUCCUAGUCCUAACACUUUAUUCAACCCAUUUCCGGGAGGAUUCUAUCCAGAUUUUCCUGGAGGGUUUCCGGGACUUCCACUUAGUAUGUUAAAUCUCUUACCACCAGAUCGACAUCCGCAUCACGCGCUUCCGAUGUCAGUCGACGAAGAUUGUAAAAGUGAUAGGUCAAAACAGUCGCUGGACGAUGAUUUUCAGCAGCCAUUGGCACUCAAUCGACCUUCAUCAGCGCAGUUGUCGGAUAGCCGCCGGGAGAUAUAUCAGCAAAACGGGCAGGAAUAA